CAUGAGACGCCUUGUAAACAAAUGUACUUACGCGAGUUGUUUUGUGUAUUAGGAAGAAAAGUAAAUAUUUAUUGUGCAUAAUUAUAAACAAUGGAUCCAUCAAACACGACUGAUUCCGAUAGUGGUUUAUCGGGAGCAUCCGCAUCUUCCGAGCCAACCUCAAAGCGUCCAAAGUUGUCAACCGAUGACGAUUCGCCUAUCUCAAAGGCAUACUCUGAUUUAGCUAAGAAAAUUUCCGAUUUCUCUGAAGAAGUCUUGAAGGCGAUUCAACCGUCUGAAGAUGCACCAAAUUUAGAAAAAUUGAAUCGCUUCUUAUUCUCGGCCGAUUUUUCUAUUAAAAAAUUGCAAGAAAUUCGUCAUUCGAUCAAGUUAGUGGGAAAAGACUGUGCUGGAUCGGCUGAAAAUCAUUCGGAAACGCAUGAAAAUCAAUCGACUAAAUCAAAAAUAUGUACACAAACAUCGUCUAGUGCUGAUGCCAUAACGGACCUUUAUAUUAGCGUUGGAACAUUUCUGGGUGUCGCACUAAAUGAAGUGAUUGGUUGUACUUACAAGACACACAGUGAAAGUCAAUUGGAUAAUAAAUCGCCGAAAGUAAAAAAACGUACACAAUUGUCGUCCAGUGCCGCUGCCAUAGCCGCUCUUAACUUGAGCAUUGGACAAUUUUUUGGUGCUGCAAUGAGCGAAAUCAAUCUUUGUACAAAUGCACGCGGUGAACCAAGUAAUCCGGCAAAAAGCGAGAAAUUGAAACGUUUGUCAAACUGGACUGAUCUCUUUUUGCAAGAUGUGAAAUCUAAACGCGAAAAGAUAAUGAAAAAAAUCGACCCAAAUUACGAACCAAAUACAGAGCUAUCGGACGAAGAAAUGAAGCUGAUUCUAAUGAUGCGUUCUAACCCAAAGUUUGCAGUAGCUGUGGAACAAUAUGUCAAAGAUAAUCCGAAUGGAAAUCCAUCCAUCCAUCCAAAGGGAAAUGAAGAACCAUGAUAAGCAUUCGCUAUUCCGCUUUUAAUGCUGAUUCAUGAAAAAUGGCCGAUUUUCAACGUGGCUGUUUGUACUAUUUUUAUUCUCCUCGGUUAUGUUUCUGACAAUAAAAUUUGAGAUAAUCUAUUUUAGCAGAAA